UCUUCUGAUACUGUCAGUGGCCAGCAUGUCCGGACGCGGGAAGCAGGGCGGCAAGGCGCGCGCCAAGGCCAAGACGCGGUCGUCGCGGGCCGGGCUGCAGUUCCCCGUGGGCCGCGUGCACCGCCUGCUCCGCAAGGGCAACUACUCCGAGCGGGUCGGGGCCGGGGCUCCCGUGUACCUGGCGGCCGUGCUGGAGUACCUGACGGCCGAGAUCCUGGAGCUGGCGGGCAACGCGGCCCGCGACAACAAGAAGACGCGCAUCAUCCCGCGCCACCUGCAGCUGGCCAUCCGCAACGACGAGGAGCUCAACAAGCUGCUGGGCAAGGUGACCAUCGCGCAGGGCGGCGUGCUGCCCAACAUCCAGGCCGUGCUGCUGCCCAAGAAGACCGAGAGCCACCACAAGGCCAAGGGCAAGUAGAAGCCUGCGUCCCUUGGGCGAUAACGCAAACAACUAAACCAAAGGCUCUUUUCAGAGCCACCCACCUCCUCAGUGAAAGGGCUUGCAUUUCCCCGACUUUAGCAGCUAAUUGAGCAAUUCCUACCCACUUGAAUGUGACCAUUAAAACCAAGUUCUCUUAAGGGAAAGUGCUACAGUUGCUCCCUAUUGUAAUUGAGGCGAUCAAUGCAACAUGCCUCGGGGUUAAAAGUGAAAGGCUUUGGUCUCUUGCAGUUCCCAGGAUGAAGGGGAGGGGCCGCCCACUUUCCCUGAAAAGGUGAAGUCUUUCAGCCCAGGAUGCGCGUCUAAAUCUACAUUUUAUUAACAGCCGCUUGCUGAGGUUUUAAUAUGCUUGCCUCAAAGUGCUUAGUUUUUUUAAGCCGUUGGUCACACUGUACAAAAAUGUUAGAAAAGAUGAAACCCAAUUUCUGGCGUCCCCUUGUACCGAAGGCAAUUGCAGUUCUGUGCCAGGACUGUAGGUAGGACUCUAUGGGACAUGCUAGGAAUUGUUUUGUGAACAUGUCUGCUGUGUGCACAUCAUGUAUGUGCUGCCAUAUUCCAGUAAACCUGCUGUCAGCCUCAACUCGGAGUAAAAGAAAUGACAGAACAAAGGAGGGGUAGCUGACCAAUCACACGUCAGGGCGGGCUUUUUAAAUUUUACUGAUGGCGGCAUUCUUAAAAUUUUACCGUCCCUUGGUCAUCUGUCUCGUCAGAAAACAGUGAACGAAGCCCUGUAAAGUCAGCACUCAAUGAAACCCGGUUUUCAGGGGCUCAUUUUGGAGUGGAGUAUAAACUCAAGACAUUUUUCAUCUCAUGUCAGCCUUUACUGGGAAGCGAAUCGCAUUUCUCAAGGAAGCAAACAAGACCAAUUCCAGCACAGCAGUGGGGCGGGGGUGGAUGGCACAGAGAACCAGACUGACCUGUUCCUGCCAAUAAGGCCACAAACCACCAUUGCUCUAGGCCAGGUUCCUGGUCUCUGUAACUCGGGGCUCAGGCCAAGGCUAUUGGGACGCCUGAACUGACCCAGGCUCCUUGCAAACCCAUCGAAGUAACAUGCCGCCCCACACCCUGAUGCAGUGAGAGAGAAACGUCCUUGGAAUCCUCGGGGUCUGGGUGUAGAGGAAUCAAAUGAGAUGAGCAUGUCGGGAGCCUCUCAUUCACCGGCUAGUGGUGGCGGCCUCAAGAGCACAUGGAGACCUGGCUUAUCUCACAGAGAGAAACUGGUCUUUGUGCACUGAGCUUAUGACCGUCAUCAAAACGUAAAAUUCAAAAUCAUAUACCACGCCUCAAAAAUACAGUACAAGUUUCUUACAGAGGAUGAAUUGUUAAGGGAACCAUCGGGGAGAGAAACCUAGUUCAAGAGGAGAUUAUGAAGACUAAAUAUAGGAAAGUGGAGGAAACCAGAAUAGUCACCCCAAAAUAUGCCUCUUUGACACAAAAAUCAUUUUGGGCUGAAGCAUCAGGUGCAGGAUGACCUCGCUCUUCCACCCCCUUUUCCUGCCUAAAGUCAGGAUAUAAAUUGUGGAGACCACUCAUGCCUCAGUGACGUGUGACAGCCCACGGGCACAAGAGGAAUCGGCAAAGGAAGCUGACUCCUGGUUUCCUCAGGUAUAUUUCACCUCCCCCGAUUGCCAUCCUUAGAAGCCUGAAGCUGCAUCCUUUCUCCUGUUCCUUCUGUAAAAAAAAAAUUGACUGUACUUUGUUGAAGACGCUUUAUAAACGGGAGCUCUAAGCCACAUCUAUGAAUUAAUCUUCCCUGGGUCUCUCUCAGGUAUAUAUGAAAUAUACAUAUUAAUAAACCUGAUUUG